UUAAUUUAUGCAAAAUGAUAUAGUUUAUAGUCAUUAAUGAUCAUAGAUAAAAACAUAUAUGGUUAUAGGUUUUGUUUCGUUCUAAAUUUGUUCUUCUUCAUUUCUUCUCAGAUAAUGACAUAUCUACCCAGCAAUUACUACAGUUUUUGAAUGAUGACCUGGCAGAUAUUUUCAAAAAUUGUAUGGAUCGAGUGGCAAUUCGGAAAUUUCAAAAGGAAAGUUGCAAUAAUGAAUCUGGAGAAAAAAGUCCAUCUAAUGAAUCUGCAGAAAAAUCAACAUCUGAUGAUUCUGCAGCAGACAUGUAUACAUUUUCUGCUUGUCAAAUGCUUGAGAAAAAACUGCGAAGAGGAAAACCUUCCAGUGCACAGAAGAAUUUCAGCCAUCUUAUGAAAGAUGCAGCUGAUGCUGCUGGGGUAUGGAAAUCCGCUCCCCCUUUAUCGUCAAUAUCAGCGGGAAGGAAAAAAAUCUUUCUGGACAACAUUCUGAAACUUGCACCACAACUGAAGCCAAACACAAGGAUAGUGUAGCAAAGACUUGGAAUGAAUUUGCAGAACAGACGUAAAUACUUACGUGACAAGGGUAAUGGCAAACGUGUACAUACACCAAACAAACAUGGCAGUCAAGGUAAUCCUUCAACUCCUACUUUUACUAGUGAUGCUGUUCCAUUUCGAAUGGGGCAAUUGGUCAACUUGACAUCAAGAUCAAACCACAACAAAAUUAUAGCAAAAGGUAUUGUUGUGUCGAUGGAUGCAGGUAUGUUUGUUGAUCUUGCUGUUAAGUCUGUCAUGAUGGACUGCAUUGAAGAUGAAAAUGAUUUAGAAUUGCCACUAGCCGCAGGAAAUGGGGACACUACAUUGUCUCCACAACUUGUAAAUCAUGUCAUUAAGUGGAAAAAAGAGCGACUUUCCAUAAAGGGAAUGAAAAGGCAUCCAGGUACUCAUGAUUGCACAGAUACUGAAGAAAAGGGUGAUAAAGUAAAACAGAAAAAAAUUAACUUGCCUGCAGGUGAAAAGAAGACUGUCCAAAAGCUUCCAAUGACAAAUGAGACAGAGAGACAUAUCGCAGAAAAAGAUGACCAAAGAAAGACAAAGAAGGUUUCACCAAUAAAUGUAGAGAAAAAAAAUGGAAAGGAAUGUCAAACAAAUACAACAGAAAUUCCGAAGUUCAAAAACUUUGUGUUAAUGGAAUAUUCCAAGAAACAGUUGUAUUGGGGAAUUUUGCAAACAGCAGAAAUGACAAAUGACUUCAUUGUACGAACUAGUUCCAAAACAUUUUACAAGAUGGACCAAUUGCAAGUUUCUAAUGAAGAAUUUGAUGUUGAUGAGAUGAAGCUUAGUACAAGGGACUAUGAGGUCAAUCCAGAUAUGGAGUAUUGUGUAUGGAAACUGCCCAAGGAUAAUGCCUAUCUAAAAUUAGCUCCAAAUGGCAAAUUUGGAGCUAUUGCUCUGAAAAGCAUUCUUUUGAAGAAUUCUUUUUUAAAUGAAUUCAAGAAGAAAUUGGAGAACUAUACAGAGAGGGAAUGAAUUCAAUCAGAGACUUGAGUGAUCCUGAGUUUUGCCACAGACUUUGAAACAUUGAAUUGCUAAAUUGCUGGUCCACAGAUAUAGAUAACAACUCUUUCUUGUUUUUGUCAAAAUGUUUAUUUCAGGUAGGCAGUUAAGAUAGAUAAUCUAAUGGCUGUUAAAAAGUCUUGUUUAAGUGCCAUCAGUAAAAAUUAAUGCCUGUUAAUUGUUGUUUUGAUGGCUGCUAAUGUUAAUAGCAAUUAAUAUCUUCAAAUUACAUACAAUAUGCUGAUUUCUUUUGUUCAUGGUGUUUUUUCAGUUCAGUGUCAUUAACAUCAUAAGAGUUAAUGACUAUUAAUGUUUUUGUUAAACCAUUAACAUCCUUAAAAUGCAUUUAAAUUUUAUUGUUUUUUUUUCAGACCCAUUAAUUUUGUACCUUUAAUAAUCAUUAAUGCUAAAUUAAAAGCCAUUAUUGAAAUAAUUAAUGAUCAUUAUAAAUGUUUUGUUAAUAGCCAUUAAAAUGUAUUAAUUAAGUACCAUUAACUAAUUGAUUUGUUUCAACCCUUUGAUGAUCAUUAAAAUUGAAAACUGUCACAUUUAAAGACUAUCAAACUUGUAUUAAAAUUUUUCAAUUAAUAGCAAUUAAAGGUACAAAAUUAAUAGCAUGAUUGAUGGUUUUAUGAUGGGAAUUUUUAAUGUGGUUUUUAAUGGCCGUUUUAAGGGCUUGGGUAUGCAGUAGUGUUACUAAAUCACCGAUAAAAUGUGUGAACCUUACUAACAAAGUACAUUGAAGUGAAAUACUUAUGAUAAUAAUUGUUGAAUUUUAAU